AUGAAUUUUGAUCAACUAACAGACGAGCAAAAACAACAGCUAUAUAUACAGCACUUACAACAACAACAACAACAGCAACUACAGCAACAACAGUACUACCAGCAACAGCAACAACAACAACAAAAUGUAUACAAACAUCCAAAUCAUCAACAACCUCAAACAAAUCAAUUUAUAAACAAUAUAGCUGACGAGAGUUACAUGGAUGAGGAUACUACUCAGGUUAUAGAAGAACCACCAGUAUUGUUAGAAGAACAUUCACCAAUUAGAAAUCAACAACAUUUACAACCACAAGACAGUACAUCAAGUUUUCUUCAAAAUUCAAUUCCAUCACCUAGAUUUGCACAAAAUGAUCAAUUUGAUUAUUCGACAAAUUCAAAUAAUAAUGGAUUUAAUAAAAAUGUCCAGUUUCAUUCAGUAGAUUCAAUGAAUUUUCAACCACCAAUUAAUAAUUUCACUCAAUUAAAUAAUAACUCAAGUACAAAUUUAUCAGAAAUUAGUAGUGGUAAUAAUUCAGUUAUAUCAAAUCCUCAAUUAACAAAUAAUCAAGAUUUAACUCCUCCGCCACAUACUCCUACAUCAGCUCAAAUACCGCAUCAACAACAGCAUCAAUACCAAAAUCAAUCACAGAUAUCACAACAGCAGCAACAAUUGCAAGCCCAAAGUUAUACGACACCACCAUCUUCAAGAGGAGUUACUACACCUCAACAGCAGCAACAACAACAACAGCAAUCAAAACAGAUUCAACAACCACAUCAAUUUCAGCCUCAACAACAACAACAACAACAACAACAACAACCACAACCACAACAACAGCAACAACAACAGCAACAACAACCAUCAAAUUUUGUUGAGUUUCAUAGACAGCCUCAUUUAUUACCAAAUGAAAUUCAAGACCGUGGUAAAGCUAUAAAAUUAAGAAUGGAAAAUUUUUAUACAAUGUCUGUAAAUCAUGCAAUUGAAAGAAAUCAAAGAAGAAUGAAUAUGGAACAAAAAUUAAUUGAAGAAGGUAGUGGAGUAUCAGAAGAAAGGAAAAACCGUCAUAUUCAAAAUUAUAGCAAGAAAGAAACUCAAUUUUUGAGGUUAAGAAGAACAAAAUUAUGUUUAGAAGAUUUUGAUACUAUAAAAGUUAUUGGUAAAGGUGCAUUUGGAGAAGUUAGAUUAGUUCAAAAGAAAGAUAAUGGUCAUAUAUAUGCCAUGAAAACUUUAUUAAAAUCAGAAAUGUAUAAAAAGGAUCAAUUAGCUCAUGUUAGAGCAGAAAGAGAUGUUUUAGCAAAUAGUGAUUCUCCAUGGGUUGUUUCAUUAUUUUAUUCAUUUCAAGAUUCCCAAUAUCUUUAUUUAAUUAUGGAAUAUUUACCAGGUGGUGAUUUAAUGACAAUGUUAAUUAGAUGGCAAAUUUUUACUGAAGAUAUUACAAGGUUUUAUAUGGCUGAAUGUGUUUUAGCAUUAGAAGCUAUACAUAAAUUAGGGUUUAUUCAUCGUGAUAUUAAACCUGAUAAUAUAUUAAUUGAUAGAAGAGGUCAUAUAAAGUUAAGUGAUUUUGGUUUAUCAACUGGUUUUCAUAAAACUCAUGAUUCAAAUUAUUAUAAAAAAUUAUUAGAAGAAAAUCCAAGUAAUCCAUUACAAGCUAAUCAAUUAACUACUAAUGGUCAUGGUCAUAAUACAAUGAAUGGUAGAAAUUCAAUGAUGGUUGAUGCAAUUCAUUUAACAAUGUCAAAUAGACAACAAAUGCAAACAUGGAGAAAAUCAAGAAGAUUAAUGGCUUAUUCAACAGUAGGAACACCAGAUUAUAUAGCACCAGAAAUCUUUGUACAUCAAGGAUAUGGACAAGAAUGUGAUUGGUGGUCUUUAGGAGCAAUUAUGUUUGAAUGUUUAGUUGGUUGGCCACCAUUUUGUGCAGAAUCACCACAUGAAACUUAUAGAAAAAUUAUAAAUUGGCAAGAAACUUUACAAAUUCCAGAUGAUGUACAUUUAUCUCCAGAAGCAGAAGAUUUAAUUAAAAAAUUAUUAACAUCAUCAGAUCAAAGAUUAGGUAGAUAUGGAGGAGCAGAAGAAAUUAAAACUCAUCCUUUUUUUCGAGGUGUUGAUUGGGAAACUAUUAGAAAAGUUGAUGCACCAUUUAUACCAAAAUUAAGAUCUAUUACUGAUACAAGAUUUUUCCCAACUGAUGAAUUAGAAAAUAUUCCUGAAAAUCCAGUAUUAAUAAAAGCAAUGGAACAAAGAGAAUUAGAUGCUAAAAAUGGUGGUAGAAAAAAUCCAAAAGAAGAUUUACCAUUUAUUGGUUAUACUUAUUCAAGAUUUGAUUACCUUACUAAAAAAAAUGCUUUAUAA